AGCUGGUUCGGUUUAACUGCUUCUCUGAGGACUCAGUGGUGGGGCUGGCUGCUGGGGAAAGAGUGGAUCCUUCCAGCUGGGACAUCUCCAAGCUUUGGGCCAGGACCUCGGGAGUCAUGGCUCUGUACCAGACGCCUCCCAGGGCCCUGGACAAGUUUGUCCAGGAUCAGCUCAAGCCACACAAAGCCUUUCUGGACCAGGUGAGCCAAGCAGUGAACACCAUUUGCAGAGUGCUUCGGGAGAAGUGUUUCCAGAACUCCACUGCCAGGGUCCGAGUGCUGAAAGUGAUUAAGGGUGGCUCCUAUGGCCAGGGCACAGCCCUGAGAGGAGUCUGCGAUGCUGAUCUCGUCGUGUUCCUCAGCUGCUUCAAGACCUAUGCUGACCAAUGGGCCUGGCCACCAGAGAACUUUGCUGAAAUCCGGGCCCAGCUGGAAGCCUGUUGGAAGAACCAACCACAGGCCUUGAGGCUCCACUUCUGUCCCCAAGAAGACCGUGGAGCCUUGAGAUUCCAGCUGAUGUCAGCUACUCCUCCUGGCCAGGUGGACGUUUCCCUUCGGCCUGCCUUUGAUGCCUUAGGACAGCUCAGAUCUGACUCCAAGCCCAGCUCCCAGAUCUAUGCAGACCUCAUAAGCAGCUGUUCCCCAGCUGGCGCCUAUGCCACCUGCUUCACAGAGCUAAGGAGGGACUUUGUCAACAUUCGUCCCUGCAAGCUGAAGCACCUCAUCCUCCUGGUGAAGCACUGGUACCUGCUGGUGACAGAGGCUCAUCAAGGGAAGCUUCAGUCAAAAAAGGCAUCUCUUCCCCCAGUCUAUGCCCUGGAGCUCCUAACCAUCUAUGCCUGGGAAAGGGGAUGUGGUAAAGAGAAAUUCAAUAUUGCAGAAGGUUUCCAAACUGUGUUGGGGCUACUUCAGAAUUACCAGAAGCUCUGUGUCUACUGGGAGGUCAACUACAGCUUUGAGGAUGAAGCCAUUGGACCUUUCCUACGAAGCCAGCUCAAGAAACCCAGACCUUUGAUCCUGGACCCUGCUGAUCCAACUUGGGAUGUGGGUCACAGCCAGGGCCAGUGCUGGGACCUCCUGGCCCAAGAAGCUGGGACCUGCCUGUCCUGUCUCUGUUUUGUACAAGGAGAUGGAACCCGGGUGCAGCCCUGGGAUGUUCUGAGUCUCCUGGAUCCAGGACCAGAAGAUAAAGUAGAAGAGCCUGUGAAGAUGGAAAGGGGAAAAGCAAAGAACAAUGGCAGCUUUGUGAACUCCAUCCCUAAAUGCCCAGACUCCUCAAACAGAAAGUCCCCCAAGGGGAAGCCUGGCGAGGAGAAAGCCAGCAAAGAUAUGGAUCGGCACCAGACAGACAUGGAUCUCUACCAGACUCCAGCCAAGGAUCUCGAUAAGUUCAUUCAGGACGUUCUCCGACCAGACAUGGGUUUCCAGGAGCAGAUGGGCAAAGUCACAGAAAUUAUCUUCAAGUGCCUCCGGGAAAAGUGCUUCCGAUCAUCUUCUCCAGCCAUACGGGUACUGAGGGUCAGCAAGGGUGGCUCCUAUGGCCGGGGCACAGCCCUGAGAGGAGUCUGCGAUGCUGACCUCGUCGUGUUCCUCAGCUGCUUCAAGACCUAUGCUGACCAAUGGGCCUGGCCACCAGAGAACUUUGCUGAAAUCCGGGCCCAGCUGGAAGCCUGUUGGAAGAACCAACCACAGGCCUUGAGGCUCCACUUCUGUCCCCAAGAAGACCAUGGAGCCUUGAGAUUCCAGCUGAUGUCAGCUACUCCUCCUGGCCAGGUGGACGUUUCCCUUCGGCCUGCCUUUGAUGCCUUGGGGCCUCUCAACGCUGGCUCCAAACCUAGACCCCAGGUCUAUGUAGACCUCAUAAGCAAUGGUUCUCCAGCAGGCACAUACUCACAGUGUUUUACUGAGCUCCAGAGAGAUUUUGUCAACAGUUGUCCUUCUAAGCUAAAGAGUCUCAUUCUUCUAGUGAAACACUGGUACCAGCAGGUUACAUCUCAUAAAGCAGGCAGACAAGACGAUGAGUGCUUGCCCCCAGUCUAUGCCCUGGAGCUCUUGACCAUCUAUGCCUGGGAGCAAGCAGGGAGAAAGAACAAAUUCCAUGUGGCUGAAGGUUUCCGGACCGUCUUGGACCUCAUCCGGGAGUACCAGCAGCUCUGCAUCUACUGGACAGUCAACUAUGACUUCUCAGAUAAGACCAUCAGGAGUUGUCUACAAAAGCAGCUGCAGAAACCCAGGCCCCUGAUCCUGGAUCCAGCAGACCCCACCUGGAAUGUGGGCCAGGGGAACUGGGAGAGGCUGGCUCAGGCAGCUGAAACCUGUGGGAGUCAGUCCUGCUUUGUGAAUGGGGAUGGGUCUCCAGUGAAGCCAUGGGAUGUGAUGCCAGCUCUACUUCAACAAACUCCAUCCUGGGACCUGGACCACUUCAUCAGCAAAUUCCUCCAACCCAACCGAGAAUUCCUGGGACAGGUGAACAGAGCUGUGGACAUCAUCUGCUCAUUCCUGAAAGAAAACUGCUUCCGAAAUUCAUCCACUAAGGUCCUCAAAGUAGUUAAGGGAGGCUCCUCAGCCAAGGGCACCGCUCUGAGGGGCCGAUCCGAUGCUGACCUUGUGGUGUUCCUUAGCUGCUUCGGCAGCUACUCGGACCAAGGAACCAACAGGGCGGAACUCAUCGCGGAAAUCCGAGCGCAGCUGGAAGCCUGCCGGCGACAGAAGCAGUUUGAUGUGAAGUUCGAGAUCUCCAAGUGGGAGAAUCCCCGGGUGCUCAGCUUCACCUUGUUCUCCAAGUCCCUGGACCACAGCGUGGACUUCGACGUGCUUCCUGCCUUCGAUGCGUUAGGUCAAUUGGGCUCAGGCACAAAACCCAAGCCCCAGGUCUACAUUGAUCUCAUUGACAGCUACAAUAACGGGGGUGAAUACUCCACCUGCUUCACAGAACGGCAGCGGGAUUUUGUUAUCUCUCGUCCCACCAAGUUGAAGAGUCUCAUCCGUCUGGUAAAGCAUUGGUACAAACAGUGUAUGAGAGUUCCCAAAGGGAGAGGGCCACUCCCCCCACAGUAUGCCCUAGAGCUCUUGACCAUCUAUGCCUGGGAACAGGGGAAUGGGACAGCCCAAUUUGACAUGGUUGAAGGCUUCAGAACAGUCCUGGAUCUGGUCCAGAAUUACAAGAAUCUCUGUAUCCACUGGAAGGUCAAUUAUGACUCUGAGAAUGAGAUCAUCAAAAAUUUCCUAACUCAGCAACUCCGGAAACCCAGGCCAAUCAUCCUGGAUCCUGCUGACCCAACUGGGAAUCUAGGCCCAGGCACCCGCUGGGAUCUUUUGGCAAAGGAAGCUGCCUCUUACACAAAUUCUGUGUGCUGUGCAAACAAGUCUGGAGACUUUGUCCAGCCCUGGGUACUGAAGGACACUGCGUGAACCUGGGAAUAUCCUGCUUCCAAACCCCAAAGUCUUACUCAUGUGGACAUCAUGGCUAUCACUCCCUCUGCAGAUGGAAAUAUUCCAUUCCCAUCCUCCCAUCCAGAGCUGAGAUUCAAGAUCAUUUGCCAGAUGUGUGUGCAUUUGCUUCCUUGAGGUGUUCUCUCCUAUAUACCAAAUCACAGCCAUAUAUACCUCUCCAUUCCUCCCUCAGAGAUUGUCUUAACUAUGGAUUAUUCUUCCAGUUGGCAAUGUUGCCAACCAUUUUUUUCUAUUCUCUCACCCUUUUGAUUCUUCUUACCCAUGCUUCAGGUUUCUAUAUUCGUUUCUUCACUAUGUUGUCUUCUUCAGAGAGCUCCUUCCUUCUUGUGACUUCAGAUAUCACUUCUGUAGAUGACUACUACAUUACCCAACCUUGUUGGAUUUCCUAUCAGUCCCUCUAACUCAUGUUCAAAACCAAAUCAUAAAAUGCCAGACUGAUAGAUAGGAAGACCUGGAUUCAAGUUUUACCUCUUAUAUUUUAUAAUCAUGCACAAGUCAUUUCAUUUCUCUGAGAGUCAGUUUCCCUGACUGUAAAAUGGGAAUGUAAUAAUACUUGGAGGCCUACCUCACAGGAUUGCUAUAAAGUUCAAAUGAAAUAAUGUCUAUGAAGGACUUUGUAAACCUUGAAGUACUAGAUUAAUGUCGGUUAGUAUUGUACAAGCACAGAAAGACAGUGGCCUUAGAAUAUAGGAUCUGUGAAGAAGGGAAUUAAUAUGAAUAAAUAAUGUUUUAUUGA